AUGCUUAGUAUUUGCGAAGAUGUUCCGUUGGAAAGUAUUGAGAGGAGGCAUGGAAGCCCGGCCGCGGAGCUGGAGCAAUUGAGCCAGGCCACCGUUGCCAUCUUGCAACACCUUUCUGCUUUGAAUGUUCAGUUUCCAGCUGAAGUGCCAGAGACUUGGACCACUGCGAUGGAACAACUGCAAAGCAUCAGAUGGCCAGACCGUUUGUCUGGAUUACAGUGCAGUAGUUUGCUGGCUGUGUUGUUGGAGAAUCGGCCGCUACAGCGCAGAGGUUGGUGGCAGUUGGUGGAUUGCUGGGAUCGCGCAGAUCCAGUGGAUGUAGCAGAGCGACUGUGGAGCCUGGCCACAUGUCAUCAAGCUGGACCAGCAGUGGAGCCAGACAGUGGCUUCCAGGAUCGAGAAGAUGUUUUGGAGGUGGGUCGGCAGAAAGCGUGGGACUUUUGCAAGGUUUAUGUGGACGUUUGGUUCGGAGAAACAGCGGUCUUGGGCGCACUGAAGCACAAGCACAAGAGUCGUGGAUAUGAUGAGGCAGACAAACUCUUGUUGCGCACUUUGACGCGGCGCUAUGGCUGGGAAAGACAUCUGGACGAGAGCACAUCGUGCACGUGGAUGGAAACCUUUGAAGCAGUCAAGAAGGCAGAGGAUUGGUCUCGUUUUGCUUG